AUGGUAGCUAAACCGCUACUGAAAUCGGGUCUCCGAAAGACUAUUGGAGCAGGACAAAACACAUGUGUUUGGACGGAGCCUUGGAUUCCGGAUAGAGAUGCUCGCCCCCCGAGACCAUCUGAUCGAGUUACUUAUAGACACCCUAAACUCCUUGUUAACUCCUUCAUUAGACGUGAUACAAGAGAUUGGGAUACUAACCUUUUGAUAGAUUACUUCCACCCCGAGGACAUUCCGCUUAUCCUUAAACUGCGACCAAGUAAUACAUGGUCUAUGGAUGGGUAUGCAUGGAACUAUACAAAGUCAAGAGUUUGCUCAGUAAAAUCAGGAUAUAAACGAUUACAAGAGACCAAACUGUGCAAUGCAGAAGUACAGAUUGUACAAGCAAGUAUCACUGGUUUACAGAGCCAUGUGUGGAGUAUCCCUGCUCCUGGGAAGCUGAGACAUUUUAUGUGGCAAACUUUGACAGGAUGUAUUGCGACGACUGAGAGACUUGCCUAUAGACACAUGGGUACCGAUAGGAGCUGUCCUAGAUGCGGUUACCCUGAGGAAACCAUUAACCACCUUCUUUUCGAAUGCCCUCCCGCCCUUAAGGUGUGGGCUUUAUCGGACAAUCCGCCCCUUCCGGGUUACUUCCCGAGUAUUGAGCAGAAAAUCGAACACCAGAGCGAUCUCAUCGCAGCAACACCUCUAGGUCGCUCCACCUGGGAGCGACAUGUCCAGAGCGAGAUGCCGAGGUCGCUCGCAUCACACGCGAGUGGAAACACAGAAACCGACCUCAGAGCGAUCUUCUCACAGCGACAUACCAAAGUCGCUCCAGCUGGGAGCCACCUGUCGCAGCGACGUUCACACCUCGCUCCACGGAAGCUAGCGUCCAUUGAAGACGAGUGCUGGAGAAAAGCGAACUUACCCGAGGAUGGAGAGGAAGAGGAUGCACUACCUGACCCGUUGGCUAGCUCGACUUCUCCUGUGGACCUCCAACGUCCGACCUGCCAAAUCGAUGCGUCAUGGAUCUAUAAUGGCACGGUCAGUGGCCUAGGAUGGUUCUACAAAGACCAAAUAGGAGUCGAAAGAUUUGGAUUACAAGGAUGCCGGAAAAGUUUAUCCCCUCUCCAUGCAGAGGUGGAAGGACUUAUAUGGGCAAUGAUUUGUUUACAAAAGUUACACUACACUGUGAUCCAUAUGGAAACAGGCUGCUCUGAUCUGGUGGACAUGAUCGCUAAUCCUACCUACUGGCCGGCAUUUACUUCUAAGCUAGUCUCUUUCCAGUUUCUAAAAGCUGGUUUUUCGGAGUUCAUCAUCGCCCACAUACCGAGGACUAGAAACCUACGUGCAGAUUCUCUCACUAAGGAGGUGAGAAUGAGUGGUGUUCUUUUUUCCUAUAUAGAUCAGAUCCAGCCGGACAGAACGUCUAUUAGGAACGUCUAA